AUGAGGUUCUUACUCAUCUUGCUUCACCUCGCGGUGGCCUUUGCGCUGGCCAUCGUAGAGCAAACUACUAUUACCAACAAGGCCCCGAGCAUCAUUGUGGUAGAGUUGACUGAAGACAACGUUGUUUUCGAUACUAUAGAACAACGCAUGUUCGACUACCUAUGCAUAUUUACCCGCCGUCACACCUUCAACUCCCCGUCCUUUCGAGGCCUCUCGUUCAGCUUGUCCUGCGAGGGAGAUAGGGAAGUAGUCCGGAGCAAAGUACUGCCUAUAAUCCAGUCCUUAGACUUCGUGGAGAAGGCUUCUCUCGCCUCGUGGAGUCAUGAAACGCCUCAACACCCACAACAGCGACCCCAACAACAUGCAGCUCUUCUGGGAGAAACAUCACACAAAGCAAAACGACAAACCACCGCAUCCCCUAGCUCUGAAUUGUAUCAAUCACUCACCCUUCCAACACACAACGACACAGGUGUAUCCCGCCUCCACGCCGAAGGCACCCUCGGCACCGGCAUGCGCAUCGCGGUAAUCGACACGGGCUUUGACCUUGCCUCUCCUGGGCUCUCUCAGACGCGAGUGGCGUAUAACUACAACUACGUCGAGGAUGCCUUCAACUUUACAGGCGACAAUUGCAUUAACUUCUUGCACGGAACGCAUGUUCUGGGUAUCAUUGCCGCCGAGAGCGAGGAAAGAGAGUUUGGGGUAGUAGGCGUGGCGCCGAAUGUGACGGUUGAACUUGGGUUGGAUAAUUUGAUGGCUGCCAUUGAAAAUGCCAGUAGCAGGGAUGUUGAUCUUAUAAUGAUUGGGUAUGGAAUUGGGCUUGCUUUUGAAGAGGAGCCCGUUGCUCGUUUGGUCAGCCAAGCCGUUGCGAAUGGAACGGCGGUGACGGUUGCGUCUGGGAAUGGCGGGCCGGGCUUGUUCACGGGCAUAUCACCCGCCAACGCCCGUGGUGCUGCGGCGAUCGGGUCGGCGGAUAAUUCUGCGACGCCGUAUUACACGUGGCGAGCCAACUUCACAUCUGGCGAUGAUGCCGGUUUCGUUCGUUACGCGCCACAGUUUCCUGCCAACUUUCCUGCCGGGAAUAACCUCACUCUAUGGAGUCCUGGCUCUGCGGAAGGGUUGCCGGAGGGGUGUAACCCCGCGCCGGGGGGCUUUGUCCCUCCUGCCGACCCGGCGAAUACCAUUAUGCUCAUUGAGGAAGAUCAUUGCUGGUUGAGUCCUGGGAACACGUCAACCCGGCUCGCGCUUGGGUUGGGGAUUCCGUACGUGUUGCGGUAUCAGCCUUCGUCGGCCUCAGUCGUCGAUGGGAUGCAGUGGCGGCCUGGGUUUGCUGAAUAUUCCAGGAAUUACAAGGGCAUUGCUCGGAUCUCCAACGAGGAUGGGCUUUUCCUCGCGAGCCUACUUUCCAACGGCUCCUCUGUACGGAUCUCCGUCCCCUCGAACAUCUCUGAGGCGCAUGAGGAGGUACUCUACCGAGACAAUGAUAUUUCGAGUGGUCUCGUCUCCGGGUUCUCUAGCUGGGGUCCCACGCCCGAAGGAAAGAGUUACCCGUCCUUCAUCGCGCCGGGAGAGAAUAUCCUCAGUACGUUCCUGCCGAGGUAUGGCGGCGUGGCUGUUGUCGGCGGGACGAGCAUGUCGAAUCCGUUUGCCGUGGGCGUGUACGCCCUGGUGAAGGAACGGCAUCCGGACUACGAUCCGCAGCAGAUUCUCGCGGUGGUGACAUCGACUGCGAAGCCGGUGCGGUUCAUUGAUGAUGCGAGGCAGAAGAAGGAGUUUCUGGCGCCGGUGUUCAGUCAGGGUGGUGGACUUGUUGACGCGUGGGAUGCUGUUCACACCGUCUCAUUGGUGAAUAUUUCGAGUUUGGACUUCAAUGAUACGACGCGUCGGCCGGAGGCGCUGACCCUCAGCUUAAAGAAUACGGGGACGGAGACGUUGAAGUAUAAGUUGAGACAUCUGGGCGCGGCGUCGGGGUAUAUCCUGAGCGAGACGGAUCCGUACGGCUUGACUGGUGCGGAAGGGUAUCCGGUGUAUGCGGAUGUGGAUAUAUCCCCGGCAGAGGUGGAACUUGCUCCGGGCGGAUCUACAACUAUCUCGGUAUCCGUCCGAUCCAAUCCAGCGCUCCCUGCGACGUCUAGGGGUAUUUUCUUCGGAGGCUUCAUUGAGAUCGUGUCCUCUGCAUCUGAGGCGAAUACGCUCACGAUUCCAUACAGCGGCUUCGGCACACCGUUGGUCGAUAUCCCGAUGAUCAACCCCAACGCAUCGCACCUCGUCAAAGUUGACCCCUCGACUAAUCUCGACACGGAAGUACCGCCCGAUACCCUCUUCACAUGCCUCUUCAACGGAACCAUCCCCAAGCCGGCGUGGCCUGUCACCUGCGACCUCGGCUUUCCCGGGUUCCGCAAGGUGUUUGUCACUGCGAGCCGGGAGUAUACCUACGAUCUUGUCAGCGCCGAGACGGGCGAGGAUGUAUUGGCCGGGACGUUUAGGGGCAGUGCGGAGAAUUGGGCUGCGCCCUCGAGCUGGUGGGUUUGGGAUGGAUCGGAGGAGGAUAGGAAGUAUGUGCCGCCUGGUGCGUAUUUUUGGAGGGUCAGGGCGUUGAGGUUGAAUGGGGAUGCUGGGAGGGCGGGGGAUUGGGAUGUUUGGGAGAGUGGGAGGUGGAGAUUGGCUUAUGAUGGGAGGAGUGUUGGGCUUCCUGGGAAUAUUACCAUAGGGUAG